AUGGCGGACGGUGGCGUCUACAGAGUCCUCUUUGACUAUAGCGCCUUUGCGGCAUCGGGCAGCAACGGACGCAGCCCCGAAGACGACGAGGCCCGCGUCCAGUGGAUCGUGUGGUUCGUCUCGGGGCUCUUUGUGCUGCUCGCGAUCUUCACCUCCAUGCGGCUCAUCCGCAACCACCUCCGCCACUUUACCAAGCCGCUCAUCCAGCGCAAGAUCAUUGGCAUCCUCUGGAUGGUGCCGAUCUAUGCGACCGACUCAUGGCUCUCCUUGCGUUUCCGGUCGUACGCAUUGAUCUUUGAUAUGCUGCGCGACUGCUACGAGGCCUACGUGAUCUACCUCUUCCUUGCGCUCAUGAUCGCAUACCUCGGCGACGGCAGUGACGAGCGUGUCAUUGCGAUUUUGCGUACGCUGCCCGACCUCCCGCAUCCGUUUCCGCUCAACCAUUGCUACAAGCCCAUCAAGAUGGGCAAGGCGUUUCUUCGCGACUGCAAGAUGGCUGCGAUGCAGUUCGUCGUGCUCAAGCCACUCACGACCUUUCUCGCCAUUGUCCUCGAGCACUAUGGACUGUACGACGAAGGCCACUUUACCAUCUCACGAGGCUACCUCUACCUCUCGCUCGUGCUCAACUGCAGCGUCACGUACGCCUUCUACUACCUCUUCCUGUGCGUCAAAGCCGUGCUCUUCCUGAGCUAUUGGCAGAGCGUCGUGCUCGCAUUCCUCUCGCGCUUUGAGAUCAUCCACGAAAUCGGGUCCUGGACCACCGACGACGUGACGACCGGCAUCCAAAAUGUGCUCAUUUGCUUUGAAAUGUGCAUCAUUGCGAUCGUCCACAACUACGCCUUUCCGUACGAGGGCUACCAGGACCUCAUUGCUGCGUCCGACACGUCGUCGUCGUCGACAUCGCUGCUCCGCGACAAUUUGUUUUCCGAAAAUUUUGCCAUCGACGAUGCGCUCCGCGACUUUAACGAAGUCAUGCCGAUCGUGCUCCCGUCCAAGUUCAAACCGUCGGCCAACGUCCAGCGAGAAAAGAAAAAGGUCUUAACGGCCACGCCGCCGACGCGACCGCGGCCGCCGCCAUCGACGCCAUCGACGGCUCUCGACCUCGAUCGCGGCUGGAAGCUAUGA